AAACAAACGAGCUGUUCGUUUCUACUACAACUGCUUACAUUUUUUCAGUAGAUUUCACUUGACGUGUUGUGAGUAAGGACGAAAUUAUUUCAAACCAUAGAGAGGUACGACAGUUCCCUGUGUAGUUCGGCAGUAAAGCAGCGAGCAGGUAAACUGAGAAAAUCUUCAAGAUGGAGGGUAAAGAGGAAAGUAAACCAAGAGAGGACCAGGAGAGAGAAAGUGGACAGAGGAUAAAACUUCUGCAGAAAGAUCUGAGUACGUUAGUGACAAACACCCAAAUUGCAUGUGAUGCCAAAAUGGUGCUGCAGAGGAGACUGCGGGCCAAAGCUCAAGCAAAGAGAUUGGCAGUGCUGGAAAAUGAUUCAACCUCAAGCCAGGAAAAAUCUGAUGAAAUACUGAAAGGAAAAUCUGAGAACUUUACUAAUCCGAAGGCGAUCUCUGAAGACCUGCAGAAAGCGUUAAAGAAACAGCAGGAGCUUUAUUCCGCUAUUAUACAUGAUAAGAAAGCCAUCAUAAAUGAUCUUCUGCAGGCGCUCAAGUUCCAAGAUGAUAACUAUGCGAGCACCUUGAGGAAGAAUACAGAGGAGAUUAAUGUGAUGAUUGCACGGAUGGAGGACCAAAUUAAGCUUAUGACCAAAGUCUACCGGGAGGAACUUGCCCAAAUUGAGAGUCGCCAUCGGCAGGAAAUAAGCAUCCUGCUUACAAAAGACAAGGAAGAACUGGAUCGAGAACUGAAGAGACUUUGGGAUGAAGAGCUCGAGAGGCUAAAUGAGAGAAAAAAGAAAUUGGAGGAAUACAAGAGAGAAGUUCACGAGAUCGGUCAAGAGAGCAAUUACGUCUUCAAUGCCUUGGAUUAUGAGAGAUGCUCAAGAAUUCUGGCCCAAGAGAGACAGCAGAAAAAAAACACAAACAGCAACUUACCCCUGAAGAUGAAAAAACACUUGUACACGGAAAAGCAAGAAGUACUUUUGACCACAUUGAAAAAUAUCAAAGGCAGGAUCAACAGGGAGGCGAGAGAGAUAGAAAAGCUGAAGAAUAUCUACAUCGACCACCAGAAAAAAUUUGCAAAGCAGAGUAUUGCUUUGACAGAUUACACACAGCACAUUGAGAAGCAUGAACGCAUUAAGAACCAAGUCAGGCAUUUUGCUGCUGCCGAUGCAAGACGUUUUGAGGAGGUGUGGCUGAUGAUUGAAGAAGAGGUAAAGCACUUAGCACAGAGGGCUUUGGCCAUAGACUCGGUGAUCUCCCAGCAGCUCUACGGUUCACCCGAGAGCCAGACGGAUUUGAACCUCCUGCUGCUCUCCAGUCCCUUCCGGCCCUGGAAGACAAGAACAGAGAUAGUCCAGACAGAGCUUCAACUGGUGGAGAGUCCGGCUGAAUCUCACGUCGAGAAUCUGGAUACGACAGGGAGCACGGAAGAGGAAUUAGUGUUCACCGACAGCGGCCCCGAAUGGGAGGACGAGAAGCUGAAUGAGGAGAUGCAGGACGAAUUGAGGGAGCUGCUGUGUAAUGAAAUGGACUUCUUGAUGGAAGCCAAGAUCCUGAAGCUGCUGGCUCCUCUGGUGACUGAGGAACAGACUGGAGUAAAGCUGGGAUCCAUCCUUUACACUCUGGGUAUUGACGAAAAGGAUUUGCCUAAGUUGACCGAUUUCCUGGUGAGGUACAAGGAUCAGCAGAAUGAGCUGACUGGGGAGUCACAUAGGGCCAGCGUGACAAGCACUUCAUUGGACCUCAUCCACCCUAACCACGUUCUUUGUGCUCUGAAAAGCUUUCUUGAGCAACAAAGUUUCAGGUCGAGCUCAGCCCAGGAGCUUUCCAGACUGUGGCUUGCACACGCGCGGGAUUCUUCCAAGGAUGCAGCGUAUUGGAAUAGUCUAGGCAACAUCAUCCCAGAGGAGAGAGUUAAACUGUGGGAUUCCACGUUGAGAACGCUAAAGCAGUACCACACUGUGUUGACAGACAUCUCUGAGCUAAUCAAGGAGCAGGAGUGUCUGAAGAAGGGGAACACAGGGCUGCGCUUGAAAAUCGACAGUAUGUCUGUUUCUGUUUAUCAUACUUCGCCUCCAGGAGGAAAUGUUUGCUUUAGUCUGUUUUUAGCACUCCCUUAAAGGUUGUAACAUGGCUCCUACUUAGCAAUACUGACAUGUGAAUGUGAAUUCACAUUUAAAUCAAGGAGUUUAUUAUUCAGCUUUGGCAGUGAUGGGAGAAUAAGAGUUUACUUGGUUUCAAGUGAGGAAUCAAGUUUCUGACCAUAAACAAAUAAGUUAUAGCAUUCCACUGUUCUACAAAUGAUCAGAGACACAAUUAGAAUGAAGCAUUUGGUUCGUCUACAAAAUGUCAAUAUUUUCGAUUCAAGAAUGUAGUGAUUGAUUUCAGGACAAUGGGAUUAUAUUAAAUUUAAAAUGAUAGCUCUGGAUCUUCUUUUGUUAAUGGUGUGGCUGUUUCUUGGUGUUUACGAGUAGUUUUAUUUUUUUUAAAAAGUAUCAAUCUUUCACUCUGAAUUAAAAACAACCCAUGUGACUUAAUGUUCUUCGUUUGAUUUAUAAUGUACAAAAAAAAGUCAAACCUAAGAUUGAACAAUAUAUCACCAAUAAAUCACCAAUCGCAGUUUCAGUGUGACCAAUGCUGAUUCGGUAAAAAACUAUUUGGAAUACAACAAUUGUUGGCUAAUUUGUUUCAAUAAGCUCUUUGUUUUAGUAGAAGCCCAAACAGAUUACAUUUUUAAAAAAGCUCAAAAUGCAGAAGUAACAAUCCUAACAUCACUGUCAGUCCUGGCAGUCUGCUAACCUCCCAUAAUGAUCCUUUUAAAAAUGGUGUAGCUAAGCCCUAUUGCUGUAUUUGAGGUUGGAUUGGGACAUGCCGUUUUAAUGCUCUCCACUGACCCUGCACAUGUUCUCUCACAGGUUACCUGAAGAAAUGACAUAAUCGACAUGAGCGGUGCAUUGCUGUGAAGUUUUUAUUAAAAUAAAGGACCUAUUAAGUGA